AUUUAAGGAGUCCUCUAGAUCAAUUAAACAGACUUUAAGUCAACUGCUGCUGGAACCUACCUGGGAAACUCUUUGGUAAGAGCCUUCUAUUUUAUUUCAGAAAAUCAGAAGCAAGAACCUGCCUGGAAAACUCUUUGUUGGCAUGACUUCAACCAGAGACAUGGCUAAUAUAGUGAUCAUUUUAUGGGCAGUCUGCUUAUUUGCCAGUUCUGAUGGGAAAGCCAUGAUGAAGAGGUCUGUGAGUGAAAUGCAGAUCAUGCACAAUUUUGGGGAACACCUUCAUUCGGCUGACAGGCAAAACUGGCUCCUUGAGAAACUACAGACUCUACACCAUGAUGGCCAGCCUGCUGAAGAAGCAGCAGCAGUGGACGCUAAGCCUCGUGAAGUCAGAAGUUGGAGACUGAUGCCUGAUCACCUGCAGACAAAGAUGCAGAAGAAGCAAAAUGAUUGGAACAAGGCUUAUAGAGGUGUCACACUCAAAGCUAAGCCCCAGUGAAAAGAGCCAUAAUGUUGUGUUGCCAAUUAAGGACAUAUAGUAGUGAGCAGAUAGGGCAUUUUAUUAUUUAUAACUGCUGAGAUGAUGUCCAAGGGCAUAUUCACGCAAUACUACUUAUUGGGGAUUGGGUAUGCUUACAUUGCACAUCUUAUAUUCAUAGCCUACAUAUGGUGGGGACUUUGAUUCAUGCUGCUUUUUGAUUUGUCCUCAAGGUUGACAGGGUGAAUUAUAAGACUAAAGGAUACCAUGCAGUCUUUAUUAUUGGCUUCCUGGUGCAGAGGUAGAUUGUCAAGGAUAUAUCUCUUUCUUAGAGGGAUUGCAUCCACUUUGAGCUAUGCGAUGCUACUGAACCUGAUACAUUGGUAGCUGCUAGAAUGACAAGCCCAUAUAAAUCUUAAGACCAAGACCCACUUCAUGCAUUACUAUCAAUAAUGAGAUGGAUAGAACCAAUGUCCUGAUGCUGCUUAGGUGACUCAUCCUGACUUCUGGAUGAUACACAUAGUUCUUUCCAGUAGACAAAACAGGAUACAGCAG